AAGGACCAUGUCGAUUUUUCGAUUCCAAUUUGGUAUGCCCCGUUUUUCAAUAUUUUUGGUGUGAUUUCACUGGUAGUUAACACAUCUACGAUAUGGAUUAUUAUGUCUAAAAGUGAGAAGCUCGACAAUUUCAAAUAUUUCGUUUUCUCACUUCAAAUGUGCAGUAUGGUUACCGACUUUCAACUAAGCGUAUUAAGCCAACCAAUAUUUUUUAUACCUAUUUGGACACUCAACUGCUUUGGGUUAGCAUCUUCGGCGAUUUGGUGCAAUUCCCAAAUGGCCGUGACGCUUUCCUUCAACGCUUUGCAAUUUGUCUGCCUGUUUUGCUUUUUGUGGAGACACCAGACAAUUGCAAAUAUCGCAAACCGACAUGUUCUCCCAAAUGCUAUUCUCCGGCUGAUAACGGUCGGUGCACUUUUGUUUCCUCUACCAGCUGCUUUUUCUUGGUACUAUGCCGGAAUUGAGGAGGAUCUCUUGUAUGAAUACAUUGAUAGGUGGUACCCCGAACUUGAAUCCAAUUUUUUGAACCUGGGAAACUUUGCGAUCUAUGAUCCUAACACCUCGAUGUUUUUCUUCGCUGGAAUCUUAUUUCUGGGAAUAUCGCUAGUAUUCCAGAUGAUAACAUAUGCCACAGUAGACACUAUGAUGCUGAAAAGAGCACGAAGAACACUUUCAGCGCUGAGCUACAAUCGUCAAAAAGCCUCGAUGAACAGUCUACGAGCCCAGUUCCUUGCAUCAAGUUUAUUACUUCUCCCUGGUAUUUCAUUUUUUGUUAUUACAGCGUACCCGAUUAAUUGUGGGCAGGAUAUCAUAAACUUAUCAAUGACGGCGUUUACAAUCCGGUCUUCUGUGAACGCGGUGGUCCUUGUCGCCACUACACCUCCGGAAUUUGUCUUUCGGAGGGUAUUAAAAAAUAGGCAGAAGGGUUCAACAGUUGCGGUUUACAUGAGUAUUGUUGCUUGA